CCGCGACCCGCCAAGAUGCCUCUCGAAAUCCGCCCCAUCACCGAAGCAGACCUGCGCGAGUUCAUCGACAUCACAGCCAAAGCCUUUGCGGGAACCCUGGUCUCAUUGCUAAAUCCACAGCUGUCGGAAGAAGGUAUCCAGCGACAAAUCGCCAAAAACACAAAAAGCAUGCGUGAGGAACCCGAUUGCCACUUACUCAAAGUCGUCGAUACCGAACUCGACGAUAAGAUUGUCGCGUGUGCGAAAUGGCGUAUCAAUGAGAAGGAGCGGACAGAAGAACAGAUCCAGAACAUGCUGCCGCAGCCAAACCGGGAGACGGACUCAGCAGUGUCAAUUGAGCUGCAGGAGUAUUUGUCCAGGAUGAGGAUGAAGUACAUGGGUACGAAGCCGUUCGUGUUCUUGCAUCUGCUCGUCGUGCACCCGGAGCAUCAGCGGCGCGGCGCGGGAGCUAUGCUGCUUCAGUGGGGCGUUGAUAAAGCGGACGAACUCAAGUUGCCGGCUUUCUUGGAAUCGUCGGAUGCAGGGAAGGCACUGUAUACCAAGUUUGGAUUUGAGGCGCAUGAAGUAACUUCAUGGGAUAAUACCAAGUACGGACUCGAAGGUGUCACUACCAACUCGGCGAUGCUGCGAUCACCUCGUGCAUAG